AAACAGAAGAUAUUAGUUUUGAUUAAUUCUUUCAGAGAUGCUGUAUUCCGACUAUCACUAUCGGGUCUACAUUUAUUAGAAAAUGUCACUUGGCCUGCGACUAAAGAAAAAAUUCGAUUGUGCUUAGCUAAAGGACAAACUGAAGAAAAGUGCCGCAACUAUGUUAAAGUGUUGUUAUCUAAUGGUAAAAGGAUAUUUACCUGUGGAACUAAUGCCUUUUCACCGAUAUGUACUUGGCGAGAGAUUGAUAACUUAUCAUCGGUUAUGGAAUGGACAGAUGGUAUAGCAAGAUGUCCACAUAAUCCUAUGGCCAAUACUACAACACUUAUAUCAGAAACAGGCGAUUAUUAUCUAGGUGGUGCUAUAGAUUUUCUUGGAUCCGACUCAGGCAUUUGUAAAAGCAGUGGAAAACAUAUUAUCCGUACAAAACAGUACAACAGCUUAUGGCUCAAUGACCCACAAUUUGUAGGAUCGUUUGAAAGUGGCAAAUUCGUAUAUUUUGUUUUUAAAGAAGCUGCUGUAGAAUACAUCAACUGUGGAAAGAUUAUUUAUUCUCGAAUAGCAAGAGUAUGUAAAAACGACGUUGGCGGUCAGUCAAUGUUAAAGGACAAUUGGACAACCUUCUUAAAAGCAAGACUAAAUUGCUCCUUGAACGGAGAAUAUCCGUUCUAUUUUAAUGAAAUCCAAGGAAUUUCCUUUGUACCAGAGGAAAAUCUAUUUUAUGCAACAUUUACAACACCAAUAAAUAGCAUUGCUGGAUCAGCCAUUUGCGCUUUCAACCUUACUGCCAUAAAUGAGGCCUUUUCAGGGCCUUUUAAGUAUCAGGAGCACGCGGGAAACGCUUGGGAUAGACAUUAUUCAACCUAUCGGGAUAACUUUGAUUGCAGUGCACCUACCAAUACAAAAUAUCUCAUGGAAGUUUCAAAAUAUCAACUUAUGGAUAAUGCCGUUCAAGCCACUACAUUAAAUCCCUUGUUUGUAUCUGAAUUGGAACGAUUUACACACAUAACUGUAGACAUUACAGCAACUAAAUUGCAUUCUUCUUUACAUGUAUUAUAUGUGGCUACUACAGAAGGUUUUGUAAAGAAGUUGUCUGUUCUCCCAAACACCCAUGAAACAUGUGUCGUGGAAGUUUGGCAACCCGUAGUCAAAGAAAAUAUUUUAAGUAUUCAGUACUUAAAAGAAUCUGAUUCUUUGUACGCUGGAACUAAUACGGGUUUAUUAAAAAUACCUUCAAAUCACUGUAGAAGACACGUGUCUAGGGAAAGUUGUUUGAACGCUAUGGAUCCUUACUGUGGGUGGAAUGAAUUAGAAGAUGCUUGCACUGGGGUACCCAAUGGAGGGCCUUUAGUCAAACAUUGGCAUCAGAGUAUUAUCUCAUGUCCAAUCCUCAAUGCUCCAGUUGACGGAGGUUGGAGCAGUUGGUCGGCCUGGACUCCUUGUCAGUUACGAAGUUCAGAAAAUGUAGAAUCUCCAGAUACGUGUAUGUGUCAAACAAGGCAGUGUAACAACCCUGCUCCGCUAAAUGGCGGAUCAGAAUGUGUUGGCGAAUCAACUGCGGUAAUUAAUUGUACUGCACAUGGAGGAUGGACUCCUUGGUCAGCUUGGUCGGCUUGUUCUGCAACUUGUGGAAUCGCGGUGAAAACUAGAAAAAGGACUUGUUCAAAUCCUACUCCCGCACACGGUGGUCGUGUUUGUGUUGGUCAAGAUAGAGCUGAAGUUCUGUGUGCCGAAAAUCCUCCAUGCCCUGUGCCAGUCUCGCAAGUAAGGGACGGCCAAUGGAGUGAAUGGGGAGACUGGGGACCAUGUUCUGUACCAUGUGGAGGAGGAUUUAGAAAAAGACAAAGACGAUGCGAUAAUCCUCUACCAUCUAAUGGUGGAUUAGAUUGUAUAGGUUGCCAUUUAGAAUAUGAAACGUGCAAUAUGCAUUCUUGCAGCGAACAAAAGCGUCAUAGUCCUUGGACUCCUUGGUUAUUAGCCAAUAAAAGCACCGACAUUGGUGAAUAUGUAGAGAAACGAUUUAAAUUUAGCUGUCAAGCACCUGUGCAAAAUCAUUCUCAAAUAAAAAUAAGUUUGUACAAAGAGGAUGAGAGAGUGUGUAGGGAUGGUAUGUGCGCCCUUAACAGCCUAGAAACUAUGACAAAGUGGAGCGCAUGGAGUCAAUGGGGUGAAUGUUCAGUAAAAUGUGGCGAGGGAGUGCAAACAAGGCAUCGUCGUUGUAGAGGAGGUCACUGUCACGGAUCUUCAGUACAGACUAAACGUUGUUUUAACAAUUCUUGCAAAGACGAAUGGGGAUGCUGGACUGACUGGUCUCCAUGUAGUGUUUCAUGUGGUUUAGGGAUUAAGAAGCGUUCCCGAGAAUGCUUGGGAAAAAAUUGUGAAGGAGAGACUGUCCAAGAAAAACCUUGCGAAGAACCACCUUGUUCUUCUUUACUUGGAUGGGAUAGUUGGACAGUUUGGUCUGUUUGUGAUGAAAAUAAUGAACAACAUCGAAAAAGAAAGUGUCGUACCUCAAAUCCAGGGCCCCAUAUGUGCAAGGGACCAGAAAAAGAAACAAGAAUUUGUGUCCCAGAGUAUUCAUCCAAUGAGUUUACCGUUAAAGAAGCGGAACUAAAGACUGCAUCAUUAGGAAUUGGAGGUGGUAUAAUAGCAGCUUAUAUAAUAACUGGUUUUGUUGUUGGAGUGUUGACGUGUUUUCCUACAAUAAUAUUUUACAUGUACUUAAAGAAAAAGAGACAUAAAGUUCCUAGUUCCCCUCAUUACAUUAGUGCAAAAGAAAAUCCUUACAUACCAGUACCACUACAAGACUUAUCAACUAGAAAACAACAUGGUGCAUCUUCAUCUCAUUCAGUUUUGAACAAUUCACACUGUGGGACGAUCAAAUCAAAUAAAUUAUUUGAUUUCGACACUGCAACAAUUAAAAGAAACAGCCAUGGACUUAAUAAUGGACACAGAAAGUCCGAUAAUUUUUAUUACGACUAAAAUGCGACUGAUUAGAUUUAAGGAGUUUACGUUGUGCCAGUGAAAAAUAAAAUCUUUCCAUAUUGGAAAAGAUUUUUAAUCAAUGUACCUGUAUAAUUAUUUGUAUAAAUAAAUUACCUUUCUAUAUCGCGCUAAAAAUGUAAUAAGUGUUGCUGUAAGAUAUUAAUAAAUUUGUACAAUCACAAAUAGCAGUAUACCUGUAGAAAUUUUGCGUAUACUUGUGAUGAAAGCAGA